AGUUCGCGUUGUAGUCGUAUCUGUGUGUUCUUUGACUUGUGAAUACCGAGCCGAUUCUGUACGCUAACGUCAGGGCUGCUAGCUAACGAGCUGAGUCGGCUGUGGUAGCCCAGGACUGACGUAGUUAGCUCGGCUAGGGCUGACCAGGAAAAGGACUAUUGGCUGAAAACCAAAUUAUUUGGGCCUGUUUCUGUUGUUAAUUGCUUUGUGUUUCUGUCGUUAUAUAGGACGCCUUAGGACCGUCGCUGUUUAUUUACAUAUUCUGUAGUAAAUAAACAGCCUGUCCUAGAGCGCGGAGUUGUUGUUGAAUCAGGUUCAAACAUUAUAGUUUGAACCGGAAUGUGUCCAAAUAACCCUCAUUUGGAGGUGGUACUAAGUUGCUGUAGCACUGUAGCUAAGCUAACUAGCUGUCUUGUAAUGCUCCUGAUAGCUAGGUUAAUUAUUUAGCCUAAUAAUUAUAAGACUUAAUUGUAGCGGUUAACGACCUACAUAAGACUGUGUAGUCAGUUUUCAUUAUGAAACUAUCAACAAGAACCUCUUUUUUAAAUAGCUUCCUAUAACGGCUCUCUCGUGUAUGUGUGUACAUAUGAUAUAUUUUUAUAUAUAUAUAUAUAUAUGGGUGCUGUACUAGACGGUUCCUAUAGUUACGGUAAUUGCGAUGUGGGCGGACCUGCUGCGUCGCGUGGGAACUGUGGGCGGGGCUCGAAGAUUCCUGUUCAUUCUGCUUUAUUUUCUGGCACUCUGAAGUAGAUUCUAGAACAUCUCUCUGUUCUAAAUUGGAACUUCUGCACUUGUACGACAAACCAGCCUUGAGGGUUAGUGCGUUCAGAGCUCGUGUGAAGAGCGAAGCAGCUUUCCGUGUUGCUUGGAAGAAAUCCUUUAUUCUAAGUGGAUAUUGAAACAUCCUGCUGGUUAAUUUCACUCUGGUCUAGAGACUGACAAGCAAGUGGGAUUGGUAUUCAGCAUCAGAAACGACAUAUUGCGCUUCAUUAUGUCUUACUACAACAGAGAACUGGUUGUGUACUACAUCAAGUACAAGCUUUCCCAGAGAAACUACCCUUGCAACCACAUUGGGCUCACAGAAGAUGCAAAUGGGACUGAAGGAGGUCAGGUGGAGGAAGAGAAUGCAGAGGCAGCGGCGGAAAUGGAGACGCCAACAGCAGUUGUUAAUGGUGCUGUAAAUGGGACCGGUUCAGCAGGGACUCCGCCACGAUCACCAACUUUAUCCCCUCAGAGGCAGGUGAAUGGUGCUGCAAGUCUGGAGGCAGUAAAGGAAGCGCUGCGUGACUCUGCGAACGAGUUUGAGCUGCGCUAUGCGCGUGCUUUUAGCGACCUGUCGUCACAAUUGCAUAUCACUCCAGUCACGGUGUACCAGAGCUUUGAGAGUGUGAUGGAUGAGGUGUUCCGUGAUGGCGUCAACUGGGGCCGUAUCGUGGGCUUGUUCGUCUUUGGAGGUGCACUCUGUGUCGAGUGUGUGGAAAAGGAGAUGAGUCCGCUGGUGGCACGUAUCGCGGAAUGGAUGACCGUCUACCUGGACAACCACAUCCAGCCUUGGAUCCAAGAGCAAGGAGGAUGGGAGCAUUUUGCAGAGAUCUAUGGGAACGAUGCAGCAGCAGAGAGCAGAAGGUCCCGGGAAAGAUUCAAGAUGUGGAUUCUGGCAGGGAUGGCAGUCUUCAUGGGGGCUGUGGUGGGGUCCUUUAUUGCUCAGAAACGCCUGUAAAGAUUACUGAAGACACAGCAUCAGCCUCCACCCAGUAUCCACCUCAAAUAUACAUGAAGGAACUUUUUUAAAUCGUUUUUUUGGGGGGGUUUGUUUGUACUUUUUCUUUGCCAAGAAUUCAUGUUUACACCCUCCUUUCACGGUGGACUGUGUGAGUGGCCCAAGCACAGCUAUAAACUUCAUACACCCAGUCCCAGCCUGGUGAAAGGAGACUUGUUGCUACUUGGCCCAAAACAGUGAUGUUGCUCAAUAUCCUAAGAUUUGUUGCUUGAGUCAUCCUUUUUUUUUGCUUUUUUUUUUUUUUUUGUUUGUGUUUUGGAUCACUUGUUAAACUGUCCAAAUGGAUCACUCAUUUCUUUGUGAAAAUAACUUACUGAUUUAGUCUUUUUAAAUAAACAUUUUUAUCUGA